AUCUACGACCACGCGUAUACAUACAUCCGCAGGAGACCACGCACCGCGCCGCACCCCAAAGAGGUCCACGAAAUCGCCGAGGCGUUCGCAGCUGCGGCGCCACAUUAGCGCUAUUGAGCGCCCACCCGAUCUUCCUCGCUUUCUCCGCCUCAAGAUUUACAUCACCACAACUCGAUGAAAUCUUGUUUUUUUCUGCCAUUUGUUGCUUGAAAGCCCUGAUUCCUUUGUGGCUUCUUGGAUCUUCAUGGCUGGGGCCUCGCAUCUAGCUGCGACGCGCCAGUGGCCGGGCUUUGUCGCUGAUGGUCCAAGAUGUGUGCGCCUGGAUCGGAGGCCUGUGAUUAGGGCUCUCAGACGUCGUGAGGAUGGGGCAUACCAUCUUGGUCGGUUAUCUUUGAGUAAUCCGAGGAGAUCAUCUUCAUCUGUGCUAAGAUUUUGUACUCGUAUGACUCUGGUACAUGAUAGAGUUGGUGUUGAGGAAGAUGUUGCCCGAGUUAGUGGUGUGCUGGCUUAUGACCUUAUUCAAGGAAGUCUUGUUAGAUGGAAUUCUUUUAUGGAUAAAUCGGUCCCUGAUCCACCAACUGCAGUUCUCCUGCAUGGAAUUCUAGGUGGCAGGAAGAAUUGGGGAUCUUUUGCAAAGCGGUUGGCCCAAGAAUUUCCAAUGUGGCAGUUUCUGUUAGUUGAUUUGCGUUGUCAUGGUGAUUCUGCAAAAAUAAAGAAGCGUGGUCCACAUACUGUUGCUUCAGCAGCUCGUGAUGUGCUAAAGCUUGUUGCUCAACUUAGAGUAACACCUCGAGUUUUAGUUGGCCACAGUUUUGGUGGCAAAGUGGCCUUGAGCAUGGUGGACCAAGCAGCAAAGCCUCUUGCACGACCUGUUAGGGUAUGGGUUCUUGAUUCCACCCCAGGAAAAGUCCAUGCUGGUGGAGAUGGUGAAGAUCACCCUGCUGAAUUGAUUGAUUUCUUGAGUCGAAUGCCAGAGCAGGUUUCUUCAAAGAAGGAAGUUGUGCAAGCUCUUGAGCAAGCUGGAUUCUCUACUGAUGUAGCUAAGUGGGUGGUGACAAAUUUGCGUCCAGUUAGCUCUCAAGCUUCACCGACAACAGAAUUUUCUUGGAUAUUUGAUCUCGAAGGUAUCUCUGAGAUGUUCAAGUCUUACGAAGAAACAAAUCUAUGGAAAAUUGUGGAUGACGUGCCUCGCGGUGUUCAUGUGAAUUUCUUGAAAGCAGAGAGAAGCUUACACAGAUGGGCUCUCGAAGAUAUCCAGCGUAUUCAUUCUGCAGAGGAGUUGGCUGCUGAUGAGGGAGCCGGGGUAGAAAUGCACGUACUCGAAGAUGCAGGACACUGGGUUCAAGCCGACAACCCGGACGGACUGUUCAGAAUUCUCUCAUCGUCUUUUCAGGGAUUUCGAAUGCAGUAAGAAGACGAUAUAGCAAGUGAAAUAUAUAUAUAUAUAUAUAUAUAUUGGUGUGAAGUCUUGUUCCGCAGAGAGAAUCUGAGAAGAGAUGCAUGAGUUGUAUCAUUCUUUGUAUGUUUUGUAUAAUUUAAUUAAUUUUUUUAAGAAAGGUUAAAGUAUGCAAUUACUUU